AUGGACGUUUCACCAUUUGCAAUGUGGGAAAAAGAACUACCAAGAAUUAUACAUGAUUCAAGAUAUACAUUGAUUCCAACAUUAAAACAAAGAAAAGAAUAUUUUGACGAAUAUUGUAAAGAGAGAGCUGUAGAAGUUAGAGCUGAAAAAAAGAAUAAGGCAUUGCAUAUGUCAGCAAAAGAUGAAUAUUCGAAAUUAUUGGAGGAAGAAACAACUCAUCGAUCACAUUGGGAUGAGUUUAGACGAAUGUUUAAAAAAGAUUUAAGGUUUAAGAAUUUUUCGGAUGAUAAAGAAAGAGAAAAAUUAUUUAGAAAUCAUGUUGAUGACUUAAAAGAAAAAGAAUUUCAACCUCAACAAAAAAGAGCUGAAGAAGAAUUUACGAUGCUUUUAAUGGAAACAAGAGAAAUAAAAUAUGAUUCAAGUUGGAGAAAAAUAAAACGAUUAAUAAAUGAUGAUCCAAGAUAUGAUGAGGUGCAAUCUUCAAUUCGUAGAGAAGAAUUAUUUCAAGCAAGUUUAAGGCAACGUGAAUUGCAAGUUAGAAAAGAAAAAAAAGCACAAGAACGUAAUAAAGAUGGCGCCAAGAGACAAGCUAUACACGAAGAAUCUAUACUAGCAUUUCGAACACUUUUAAUUGAUCUAGUAAGGACUCAUGAGACAACUUGGGAAACAAAGAAAACAGAUCUAGAGCGUGAUUCACGUUACCAUUCUGAAAGAUUGAAUGAUGGUGACAGGGAACAGCUUUUCAAUGAGCAUCUCAAUCAACUUUACCAGAAAAAUUUAAAAGCAUAUCAUCAACUUUUAGAUAAGCAUGUGAAUUUAGAUACUACUUGGUUAGAGAUUAGUCAUAUAAUUAAAGAUGAUCCAAGGUCUUCUAGACUUUCAAAAAGCGAUACUGUAUUAGAGGAACUAUUUGAUAAAUAUUUGGAAAGAAGAAUUCUUAAAGCCAAGGAAGAGUUCAGAGAACUAUUACAAGAAAAUAAAUUAGUGGAGUAUAGAACAAGAUUGGUUAAAUUGUCAGAAGAUGGGGCUGCUGAUGAAACUGGUACCAUGAAAGAAAAGGCUCGUGGUUUAACAUUAGAAGAAAUUAAUGAUUUACUAAAGGAUGACAAACGUUAUUUGGUGUUAAAUCAUAUUCCUGAAGUUCGUGAUGAAACAAUUUUAGAAUUCUUAAAUAAAUUAGAAGCUCCAAAAAUGACAGUUCACCAAGGAAGAGAAUAA